CAUGCAGCGUGCAGGAGGCGGCCGGCGCGGGCUCUCGGCGCGGGCGCAGCGCCCCUUCCCCCCGGACGCUCCAGUGGACAUGGGUGGCGCCCUGGGGCCAGCCCUGCUGCUCACCUCACUCCUCGGCGCCUGGGCAAGGCUGGGCCCCGGGCAGGGUGAGCAAGCCCUGACAGUGGCCGUGGUGUUUGGCAGCUCGGGGCCACCGCAGGCCCAAGUUCGUACCCGCCUCCCCCCCCAGAGCUUCAUGGCCCUGCCUCUGGAAAUCCAGCCGCUCACUGUGGGGGUCAACAACACCAAUCCCAGCAGCCUCCUCACCCAGAUCUGCGGGCUCCUAGGGGCGGCCCGCGUCCACGGCAUUGUGUUUGAGGACAACGUGGGCACCGAGGCCGUGGCCCAGAUCUUGGACUUCAUCUCCUCCCAGACCCAUGUGCCUAUCCUCAGCAUCAGUGGGGGCUCUGCUGUGGUCCUCACCCCCAAGGAGCCGGGCUCCGCCUUCCUGCAGCUGGGCGUGUCCCUGGAGCAGCAGCUGCAGGUGCUGUUCAAGGUGCUGGAGGAGUACGACUGGAGCGCGUUCGCCGUGAUCACCAGCCUGCACCCGGGGCACGCGCUCUUCCUGGACGGGGUGCGCGCCAUCGCCGACGCCAGCUACCUGAGCUGGCGGCUGCUGGACGUGCUCACCCUGGAGCUGGGCCCGGGCGGGCAGCGCGCACACAUCCAGCGCCUGCUGCGCCAGGUCGACGCCCCGGUGCUGGUGGCCUACUGCUCGCGGGAGGAGGCCGAGGUGCUCUUCGCCGAGGCGGCGCAGGCGGGCCUGGUGGGGCCCGGACACGUGUGGCUGGUGCCCAGCCUGGCACUGGGCAGCACUGACGCGCCCCCCGCGGCCUUCCCCGUGGGCCUCAUCAGCGUCGUCACCGAGAGCUGGCGCCUCAGCCUCCGCCAGAAGGUCCGCGACGGCGUGGCCAUCCUGGCUCUGGGAGCCCACGGCUACCAGCGGCAGCAUGGUGCCCUGCCCUCCCCGGCUGGGGACUGCCGUGGCUACCCCGGGCCCGUCAGCCCUGCACGGGAGGCCUUCUACAGGCACCUACUGAAUGUCACCUGGGAGGGCCGAGACUUCUCCUUCAGCCCUGGUGGGUACCUGGUCCAGCCCACCAUGGUUGUGAUCGCCCUCAACCGCCACCGCCUCUGGGAGAUGGUGGGGCGCUGGGACCACGGUGUCCUCCACAUGAAGUACCCGGUGUGGCCUCGCUAUAGCGCGUCUCUACAGCCUGUUAUGGACAGCCGGCAUGUGACGGUGGCUACGCUGGAAGAGCGGCCCUUUGUCAUCGUGGAGAGCCCUGACCCUGGCACGGGCGGCUGUGUGCCCAACACUGUGCCGUGCCGCAGGCACAGCAACCACACCUUCAGCAGUGACACAGCCCCCUACACCAAGCUCUGCUGUAAGGGCUUCUGCAUUGACAUCCUCAAGAAGCUGGCCAAGGUGGUCAAGUUCUCCUAUGACCUGUACCUGGUGACCAAUGGCAAGCAUGGCAAGAGGGUUCGGGGCGUGUGGAACGGCAUGAUCGGGGAGGUGUACUACAAGCGGGCAGACAUGGCCAUCGGCUCCCUCACCAUCAACGAGGAGCGCUCCGAGAUUGUGGACUUCUCCGUGCCCUUUGUGGAGACGGGCAUCAGCGUGAUGGUGGCACGCAGCAACGGCACUGUCUCCCCGUCAGCCUUCCUGGAGCCCUACAGCCCUUCCGUGUGGGUGAUGAUGUUCGUCAUGUGUCUCACCGUGGUGGCCGUCACGGUCUUCAUGUUUGAGUACUUUAGCCCUGUCAGCUACAACAAGAACCUCACCAGCGGCAAGAAGUCUGGGGGCCCAUCCUUCACCAUCGGCAAGUCUGUGUGGCUGCUGUGGGCGCUGGUCUUCAACAACUCAGUGCCCAUCGAGAACCCCCGAGGCACCACCAGCAAGAUCAUGGUCCUGGUCUGGGCCUUCUUUGCAGUCAUCUUCCUCGCCAGCUACACCGCCAACCUGGCAGCCUUCAUGAUCCAGGAGCAGUACAUCGACACUGUGUCUGGCCUCAGUGAUAAGAAGUUCCAGCGGCCUCAAGACCAGUACCCACCCUUCCGCUUUGGCACGGUGCCCAAUGGCAGCACAGAGCGGAACAUCCGCAGCAACUAUCGAGACAUGCACACCCACAUGGUCAAGUUCAACCAGCGUUCGGUGGAAGAUGCGCUCAGCAGCCUCAAGAUGGGGAAGCUGGACGCCUUCAUCUAUGACGCUGCUGUCCUCAACUACAUGGCGGGCAAAGACGAGGGCUGCAAGCUGGUCACCAUCGGCUCUGGCAAGGUCUUUGCCACCACCGGCUACGGCAUCGCCAUGCAGAAGGACUCCCACUGGAAGCGGGCCAUAGACUUAGCACUCCUGCAGUUCUUGGGGGAUGGGGAGACACAGAAGCUGGAGACGGUGUGGCUGUCGGGGAUUUGCCAGAACGAGAAGAAUGAGGUGAUGAGCAGCAAGCUGGACAUCGACAACAUGGCCGGCGUCUUCUACAUGCUGCUCGUAGCCAUGGGGCUGGCCCUGCUGGUCUUUGCCUGGGAGCACCUGGUCUACUGGAAACUGCGCCACUCAGUGCCCAGCACGCCCCGGCUGGACUUCCUGCUGGCCUUCAGCAGGGUGGGUGCCACCCCACCCCAGGCAGGCCCCAGCUUUAGGGGCACCAACCCAGUUAAGUCAGAGCUAGCCAUGGCCCCAUUUACUGGUGUAAGAACUGGGGGCCAGCCGGCAGCGCACAGCAGGGGAGAAGCAGAGCCCUCCCGCAGCACGCGGGCCAGUGUUUCCGAGCCCGGCUGACGGGUUCGAACCCUCACUGCUAUUGACAAGCUGUGCGCCUCUAGGAAGAGAACCUCUUGGAGCCUCAGAUCGCUCCCGGGCAAUUGCGCUCGCAGUGGCACAGUGCUGGGCGCAUAGGAACUAAUGUUCCUUGCUUCCUGGGACGUGGGGACGCGCGGGCUGGUGCUUGGACCGGGGAGGUGGGCGGUCCCUGAGAGGAGCUGGCCGCUCACGGCUCUCUCCUCCCGG